CACAAACACUUAAAAAUGGGCUGUUCAGCUUCACAAUCAAAAGAAGAGAAAGCAAUGAUGAAAAUGAUGGGGGCCAUGGGCGCUGACAAGAACGCGCUCAAGAAGAUGAAGAAGGACAUGGCUAAGGCAAAGAAGGAAGAAAUGAAGAGAAGAGCCAAGAUGUCCAAGGAAGAAAGGGAAAAGUUGGAAAAGGAGGAGAAGGAAGGCAAGGAAAUGUUGGGAGGCAUGAUGGGGGCCUUUGGAGGGCUCGCUGGAGAAAUGCAAAUGGAAGCGAGAUAACGGGCAAGCAUAAUUUCUUAAUUUAAUUGAAUAAUUUUAAGAACACUUAAU